GCAGAGCUCCCGAACAAACAACAACAACGUCUCAAUCCAUUAUUACAUCCACGGAUUGACUUGCAACCACCUAAUCCUUUAUACUUUGCUCUUCCGAGUAUCUAGUUCGCAGUCACAUUAACAUCACAUCCAUCAUGAAGACGUCCACAUUGAUUGCCCUCUCGACGGGCACCGUGAUUACAGGUUUUCUCGCAUAUGCAGUAUGGUUCGACUACAAAAGACAGUCCGAUCCUGAAUUCCGAAAAGCUUUAAAAAGAGACAACCGUCGCAUGGCUCGCGCCGCAAAGGAAGAGGCCGAGGCCCAAGGCGCCGCUCAACGGGAACAAAUCAAGAAAGCCGUCAAUGCCGCAAAGGACGAAGGAUUCCCUACAGACUUGGAAGAGAAGGAGGCCUAUUUCAUGGGUCAAGUCGCCAAGGGGGAAAGUCUCUGCGCCGAAGGAUCGGACAAUGUCGAAGCGGCCCUCGCUUUUUACAAGGCGCUCAAGGUCUAUCCUCAACCCAAGGAUUUGAUUUCGAUAUAUGAUAAGACUGUGCCUAAGGAUGUGCUGGAGAUUCUUGCCGAGAUGGUUGCUUUGGAUACUGGGUUGAAACUUGGUUCUUUUACCACUGAGGGUGCCGGCGCCGACAACCAUGGAGUGGAAUAAAUCGACCUAGUCCUGUGAUGACUGAAUUCAGGGGGAACACUACACACAUAAUAAUUCGACACGGACUAGAUUUCGAAACGCAUCCUUCUUCGACACGGUAUAUGCUACGUCUCAUGCACACAUAAAGGAACCGUCCACCUGAAACACCCAAACUAAACACUCAAACUCCACUUCUCCACUGUACACUUCCUCGCAUUUGUUUUAUUCAUUUUUCUGCAGACAGGUUACGAGCAUUCUGAGAUGAAAAGAUCCGGCGCAGUCUGCAUGUGUUGGAUGAUUGUGAUUGUCGGAUUGUCCGAGGCUGAUUUCAUUAUCGUUGUUGUAUUUGAAGGACAGCUUGAUGCUGGCACUGUACUCUUUUGUUUGCCUCCUUAUAAAGACGCUUUCUAAUUGUAUUUUAUCUUGCGAAUGAUUCAAUUCUUUAUAUGAAUGGCUCUGUAUAUUGCUUACUUCAUUACCUAACAGGAAACAAUCGUCAAGAAGGAAGGCGUGCCGAGAAUAACCCAAUUCAUAAGCACUGUUUAUAUACCAUUCUUCAUUCAUCCAUCGUCUCAAUCCAGAGAGAAACAGCCUAUUUCCUACUCUCCCUCCUCUCUCCAGCAUACCCAACCCCAUACUCCACCAAUUCCUCAGAACUAGGACUAUCCCUCUUCUUCCUCCAUACCCUCACCAAAACCAUCCCCGUCCACCAAAAUACCAACGA